AUGGCCCGAGUUCUGGGACAGCCGCUGCUGCUGUCGCUGCCUCUGCUGCUCUUCUGUUCUUGGAUCCAGAGCUCUGGCCAAGCAUCCAGGAGAUAUUUCAUUAAUACCCAAUUCUACAAGCCCGGAGGCCCGGUGUUUCUCAUGAUUUCAGGAAGAGAACCUGCAAUAAGAACAUUUAUUUCAACACGCUAUAGUUGGGUUAAAUAUGCCAAGAAACUAGGGGCUCUCUGCUUCCUGCUGGAACACAGAUUUUAUGGACACAGUCAACCAACAGGAGAUCUGAGUACCGAAAGCCUCCGCUACCUGAGCAGCAGGCAAGCCUUGGCUGAUAUUGUCAACUUCCGAAUGGAAAUAGCGAAGUCAAUGGAGCUCACCCAUAACAAGUGGGUUUUAUUUGGAAGCUUUUACGGAGGAUCCCUUGCUGUGUGGUCGAGGCUGAAAUACCCUGACCUGUUUGCUGCAGCUGUGGGGAGCAGUGCCAUAGUCCAGCCGAAAGUCAACUACCCUGGAUAUUUUGAAGUAGUUUAUGGAACUUUGAAUGAACAUAAUCCCUAUUGUGCGAAAGCAUUAAACGAGGCUGUCAAUAUGGUGGCUGAGAAACUACAGCGUCAGGAAUACUACAGCUCACUCCAAGCUGACUUCAAGUUAUGCACCCCUGUUCAGCAGGAUUCCAACAUGAGUCGAACCUUUUUUCUUGAAAAUUUGGUGACUAUGGGUGUGAUUACUUUUGAGAAUACAAAGAAUAAUUCCAACAUUGUGAGAGAAGAGAAAAAGCUCAGCAUUGAUAACUUUUGUGACAUGCUAACCAACGCCUCACUGGGAUCCCCAUAUCAUAGAUUAGCAAAAAUUGAAAAUAUAUUGCUUAUGGAAAACAACGCAGAUUGCUUUCAGACAAGUUACAGUAAAUUCCUAGACUUUGUUUCUGAUCCUGUCUUGACAGAGGAAAACAUUUUUGGAGAAAGACAAUGGUUAUACCAAGCAUGCACUGAAUUUGGGUCCUUUCCAACCAUGGAAUCCAACAAUGAGAAACACUUUGAAAUACCUCUCAGGUAUUUUCUUAAGCAAUGUUAUGAUGUCUUUAGCAUUGAGACCACCAUUCCCUCAAUAUCUAGACUUAUUUCCGCCACCAACAAUUUCUAUGGUGGCUUCAAUAUCACUGGAAGCAAAAUCAUCUUUCCGAAUGGUUCCCUUGAUCCAUGGCACCUUCUUGGCGUGACGAAGAGCAUCAGUGAGGAAUUGCCAGCUAUCUUAAUUAAAGGUAACACCGUUGUAGAUGGUGAAACACGAAGCCCAGAUAUGCGUAUUAUUAGUCGCACCGAUUCAGCUGCAGUAUUACAAGCACGCAGAAAGAUCUUCCAGACCCUCAAGAAUUGGCUAAGACAGUAG